AUCCCGGAUAAUAUCUUCUCCCUCAGCACCCCCUCUCUGUCUCUCCGCCUCCCUCUCCCUCUCCCUCUCCCUCUGACAUUUUGCUUCGCAAUUUCCCAACCAGUCAAGCAUCUUUCUGCAUCAUUUAGCAACAGCUGAAGAACGCCCGAAAGCGUUUCCAGCUCUUUAGCUCAGGAUUUCAGAAGCAUGUUCUUGAAAGUCUUGCUUAUCGCACCGGAUUAGAGGGCUCUGAUCUGGUUUUUCUUUGCUCGAUCGAGCUCAAAAGUGGCCGCAAGCCCUGCAUCAGAGAUGCUUUGUAGUUGAAUUGGUGGCUUCUGUUUAUUGUUCGCAGAGUUUGAUUUCUCAGGGCGAACAACAUGUGCGGCUUUUGUGGUAGGUCAGAUGAUGGUUUUUUGUUAAUUCGAUUACGGGCGUUCUUUAUCAUUGGUCUUUUUGAAUCUGGUUAAUGGAGACUGGGCCACAUGGUGCUGGGAACGGAGGGUUGGUGGAACAAAAUAACCUCAUGUGGGAUGAGCGAAAGUUAGAUAGUAAUGGAGUAGUGGAUGAGGGGCAAUGUUUGGGUUCAUCAGAAGAAGAUGAGUGUAGGAUUAAAAAUGUAGCCGAAGAUGUUAACAAUGGGCCUGAAGGCAUGAUUCAAGUUCAUGAUGGGUUGCAGAGACCACAACAACAGCCUCAAGGUCCUGUUAUACGAUGGGAGAGGUUUCUUCCUGUAGGAACCCUGAAGGUUCUGUUGGUGGAAAAUGACGAUUCAACACGCCAUGUUGUCAGUGCGCUGCUUCGGAAUUGUAGUUAUGAAGUUACUGCUGUGGCAAAUGGUCUGCAAGCAUGGAAUAUCUUAGAAAAUUUGACAAAUCAUAUUGAUCUUGUCCUAACAGAGGUAGUCAUGCCCUUUUUAACGGGGAUUGGUCUUUUAUGCAAGAUUAUGAGCCACAAAACUUUGAAUAACAUUCCUGUGAUUAUGAUGUCAUCUCAUGAUUCUAUGGGUAUAGUCUUUAAGUGUUUAUCAAAGGGCGCUGUUGACUUCUUAGCCAAACCUAUUCGGAAAAAUGAGCUUAAAAACCUUUGGCAGCAUGUUUGGCGGAGAUGCCACAGUUCUAGUGGUAGUGGGAGCGAAAGUGGUACUCAGACUAAAAAGUAUGCAAAAUCAAACAGUAACGAGGAGUCAGAAAACAACACUGGCAGCAGUGAUGAACGUGAUAAUGGAAGCAUUGGGUUGAGUAAUCGCAAUGGAAGUGACAACGGAAGUGGUACCCAGAGUUCAUGGACAAAAAGGGCAGCAGAAACUGACAGCCCCCAGCCAUUAUCCCCAUGGGAUCAACUGGCUGAUGCUCCUGAUAGCACUUGUGCCCAAGUCAUCCAUACAAAACCAGAGACAGUUAGUGACACUUGGGUGCAUAUUACUGAGACGAAAGAGUACCGAGAGCAGGAUGAAGAACAGGACCAUGCUGCAAUGGGCAAACAUUUGGAAAUAGGAGUAUCUAGGAAUGCAGAUUUACCACUUGAUCAUCGAGAUGAGAAGUUUCCAGUUCAGUCAAGAAGCAAGCGUCAGAAUAAAUUGCCUGACCUAGAAACAAAGCCAUUUGACAAAGGACAAUUAGAACACGGCACUGAAAAUAUGAGUGGUAAAAUGAGGGAACAAGCUGCAAAUCUAAUGAAUCCAAUUGUCAAUUGUACUAACCCUCUAGUACACAGUAGAGCUACGGAGGCUCCAACUGGCAUUUCUGAUAUUUCACAAAAUAAUGAUAAAGUGAGCUGCAAUUCUAGAGAACUGCCAUCUCUUGAGCUAAGUUUAAGAAGGCUGAGAGGAGCGAUUGAUGCUGGAACUGCUACACAUGAUGUAAGGAAUGUUUUGCGACAUUCUGACCUGUCAGCAUUCUCAAAAUACAAUAAUGCUUCUUCUUCUAAUCAGGCUCCCACUGGGAAUGUAGGAAGCUGUUCUCCCCUUGAUAAUAGCUCAGUUGCAAUGAAGGCGGAAUCAAUGCACAAUUUUGCAUCUAAUUCUAGUGGCACUCCUGCCAACCAGCAGUCCCAUGGGAGUAGCAACAACGACAUGGCCUCCACCACUAAACAGGCUAUCCUGAGGUCAGAUGCCAUAAAUGAGAAAUCGGAGUCCAUAUCAGCGUUCAGAUAUUUUCACUCCCCUACCUUCCAACCUGUGCAGAAUGGUCAAGUAUGUCAAGCUCCACAAGUUUUGCCUGGAAAGGCAGAUGAUUUGGCAGUUGACACUGUACAAGAUGAAUCAAGAGGCUCCCACCUCCAUGUCCAGGUCCAGCACCAUCAUCAUCAUUACCACCAUUAUCACCAUCAUGUCCAUAACAUGCAGCAGCAGCAGUCACAACCAGAUCAUGAUGAUCGUUCACUGAAGAACAUGGCAGCAGCUGCUCCACAAUGUGGAUCAUCGAAUGUGUUUGGUGGGCCGAUUGAAGGUAAUGCUGGGAACUGUAGCAUGAAUGGUAGUGCCUCAGGGAGUAAUCAUGGGAGCAAUGGACAGAAUGGAAGCAGCACUGCAUUGAAUGCUGGAGUGACAAACAUUGAAAGUGACAAUGGUGCAGCUGCGAACAGUGGAGCUGGUGGCAUUAGUGGGAAUGGAUUGGAUGAAGAUCGGUGUGCACAGAGAGAGGCUGCCCUAACCAAAUUCCGUCAGAAACGGAAAGAGAGAUGCUUUGAGAAAAAGGUUCGGUACCAGAGCAGGAAAAGACUAGCAGAACAACGGCCUCGCAUCCGAGGGCAAUUUGUACGACAGAUAGCGUGCGAUGGCAAAGCGGCAAAAGAUAAAGAUGAGCAGAGCAGUGGUGCUGUCUCUGGGGACAAUUCUUGUGACAGAUAGUGUACAAUAAUGUAGGCAGGAAUGCAGAUGGCAAAGCGGCAAAAGAUGAAGAUGAGCAGAGCAGUGGUGCUGUCUCUGGGGACAAUUCUUGUGACGGAUAGUGUACAAUAAUGUAGGCAAAAAUGCAGAUGGCUAACCCAACCCUUCCUCCUGAUGGUGCAUUUGGAUUUAAUUAUGUACAUGAGAGUAGCUCUGGCCAUGUGUGUAGGGAAGGAGACUUACAAAAGAUUUGUGCUUUAGAGUGAUUUCAGAUUUGUGGGUGAGGGUGUUUGGGGAACUGUCCUUUCUUGAAUGACAACAAAACCCUUGACGUGAAGACCCAUGAAGACACAAUCAGACUCUAUUUUAUGGCUGUAAAUGUAAGAGACUCCAAUGGUUGGCUGGUUCUCCUGGUAAAGGGUACCUGCCUGCCUCCGUGUGAUAAAUCUCUCUAAUGGUGGCAUGUUCUGAAUGCUGUUCUUCUUGGUUUCGUAUUUUAAACAAGAAAGAGCACUACUUACAGGAAGACCGGAGAGAAGUGGAGAGAGGGGGGAUGAAAAUUUACCUUAAGAUAUAAUUUUAAGGUGCGUGCUAUUGGCAAUAUGAAAAAUAUGAGUUGACUAUUAUUUUA